UCCUCCCUCCCUUCCCCUCCCCUACCUCUCCUCUCGCUUCCCUCUCGCCCCUCCUCUCGCCAGUCCCUAUUUCUCCUGGCUUCCCAGGGCCGCCUCGCCAAUCUCAUUCUCUCUUUCUCUCUCUUUCCUCCGCAUUUUCUCUGCUCUCCCGCAUCAGAUCCGCACCCGGCUUGGUGGGCUGCUGGCUCGCCCCCUCCCUCCCCUGCAGAGGAGGAGGAAGAGGAGGGAGAAGGAGGAGGAGGAGGAGGGUGUUCUGCUGCUGCUGCUUGUGGGGGCGAAGCGUCGGGGGCGGAGGGUUCUUCUCCCGGGCUGAGCCAUGCCGGGGGGCGGCCCAGGCUGCAGGGAGCCGGGAUGGGGCGAGACGAUGCCGCUGCUGUGGCUGCUCCGGAUCCCAGCAUCGCCUCACCGGGGGCCCAGGAGGCAGAGGAGCCGGCGACGCCGACGACGCUGCUGCUGCUGAAAGGCGACGAGCCAUGGAUGGAACAGAGAUGCUAUCAAGGCAAGAUUUUGGGGCAGAAGUCCAGGGUCCCAUUCAGCAGAAUGAGCAGGAGGGCCCCCAAACACAGCAGGGCUGCCAUACAUCAAAAUGUGGUAAGUGAAUUUGGAUGAAGAUGAGACGCCACAAGCUCUUUUUGACUCUGUGCAUGGCUGGUCUUUGCCUCAUCUCUUUCCUUCACUUCUUGAAGGCCCUCUCCUAUGUUACGUUUCCAAGAGAACUGGCAUCGCUUAGCCCCAACCUGGUCUCUAACUUUUUUUGGAACAAUGCACCUGUCACCCCCCAGGUCAGUCCUGAACCUGGGGGUCCAGAGUUCUUUCGAACGCCAUUGUACUCCCACUCUCCCCUACUCCAACCUCUGUCUCCAAGCAGGGCCAGUGAGGAGCUGUACAAAGUGGAGUUUGUGCUGCCUGAGGACAUAGCAGAAUACUUUGUGCACACUAAAGCUGGUGGUGUUUGCUUCAAGCCUGGCACCAAGGUGUUGGAGAAGCCACCAGCAGGGAGGCCAGAUGAGAAAAUAGAAGGUGCUGCUUCAGGGCGCAUAAGCCGGAAACCUCUGGGCACCAAUGGGACAAAGCGGCGUAAGUGGGUGGAGUGUGUGUGCCUGCCUGGUUGGCAUGGGCCUAGCUGUGGGGUGCCCACUGUGGUGCAGUACUCAAACCUCCCCACUAAGGAUCGUCUGACCCCACGGGAGGUACCCCGGAGAGUAAUUAAUGCCAUCAAUGUGAAUCAUGAAUUUGAUCUCCUCGAUGUGCGUUUCCAUGAGCUGGGUGACGUGGUGGAUGUUUUUGUGGUCUGCGAGUCCAAUUUCACUGCUUACGGUGAGCCACGUCCUCUCAAGUUCCGUGAAAUGUUGCUCAACGGCUCUUAUGACUACAUCCGCCACAAAGUGCUCUACGUAUUCCUGGACCACUUCCCUCCCGGUGGGCGCCAGGAUGGAUGGAUUGCUGAUGACUAUCUGCGCACUUUCCUCACUCGGGAUGGCAUCUCCCGGCUCCGCAAUUUGCGUCCUGAUGAUGUUUUCAUCAUUGAUGAUGCAGAUGAGAUCCCAGCCCGCGAUGGUGUGCUCUUUCUCAAACUCUAUGACGGUUGGACAGAACCCUUUGCAUUCCACAUGCGCAAGUCUCUUUAUGGGUUCUUUUGGAAGCAGCCAGGCACUUUGGAGGUGGUUUCUGGUUGCACAGUGGGCAUGCUCCAAACAGUUUAUGCCACAGAUGGGAUUCGCCUGCGCCGGAGAGAAUACUAUACCAUGCCGGGCUUUCGGCAGUAUGAAAACAACACAGGUCACAUCCUGGUACAGUGGUCACUAGGCAGUCCACUCCACUUUGCUGGCUGGCACUGUUCUUGGUGUUUUACACCUGAGGGAAUCUACUUCAAACUGGUAUCAGCCCAGAACGGUGAUUUCCCUCGCUGGGGUGACUAUGAGGAUAAGCGUGACCUUAAUUACAUCCGGGAUCUAAUCCGGACUGGGGGAUGGUUUGAUGGUACCACCCAAGAGUACCCUCCUGCGGACCCCAAAGAACAAAUGUAUGCCCCCAAAUAUCUGUUGAAGAACUACCAGCGGUUUUCUUACUUACUAGAAAACCCCUACCAGAAGGCAGAGGGGGCUGGGUGAAGGGAGUGGGGCUUGCAUGAGCAAAUGGGAUCUUAUGGAAAAACGGGACAGUGAGGUGUUUCUUUUGUUUUUCCUUCCUUCCCUGACCCAUUCCUGCUGGGAAGCGUGUGUUCUCUCCAGGCUCUAUCUGACCCAUUCCUGAAAAGAGACUUGGAUGUGGGUAUGUGAGGGGAAUUCAUAGUCAUGUGAAUGAGGACCAGAGGAAGUGGGAACUGGCCCCAAGAAGUAGCAGGAGAUUGGUCUCCUUCACCUCUCAUGUAGGAUGGAAGAAAAGUUCUGAUGCAGAAAUCACCUCUCUGUAUGACAGGUGAACACAUAGGAGCAUGCAGCUGGAUGAGUGAGAGUGUGAAUGUGUGAGCCUAUAAAGCUGUGGCAGCUGAGAUAAGGAUGGUACUGAAUCUCCCUUUUAAAAGCCAGUUUGAUUCUGAGUCAUUUGAAAUCAGUGACUCUUCCAUAGAUACUGUUCUCCUUUAACAUAUGGCCAUCCAUUUGGCUCAUAGAAACUGCAGAAAGUAUACAAAUCUUCUUGCUUUGGUAGUUUCACAGUUUGGCCAAAGAACACACUGACCCUGUUACAGCGUUCUUAUUUAUAGCUGCAACAGAUGAUUGGCAACUUAGUAAAACCAGGGUGUGUGGGUAUGUAAGUGUAAGAGAAUUUUUGUAGUUGACAACAGGAGUUGUGCUCAUCUUGGAUAUGUAUAUUUUUGCCAUGUGUGUUUUGUAACCCACUGGUGUAAGAAUGAGCGCGCACAAAAAAAAUAGGAGCAUGGUAGCACCAAAGAACUCUGCUUUCCUUCUCAUAUUUAUGGACAUUCAGGGAAAUUCUGCAAACUGGCAGGGUAUGAAUAUUGAAAAGCGAUUUUGCUCAGUAAAUGGAUGUUUGUGGUAGCCAACCUCUGGUGUGGAAGUAAGGGGGCUGCAAUUCACAAGGGAUAGAUCCAUUUGAGAUAUAUUUCCCUUUUCCACCACAACAAAAUGUCAUGUUUACAUUUUUGUCUGAAAUGGGGUGCAUGUAAAUGCUUCAAAUUGCUUCUAAGGAAAGGAGACAUUGAGAUACUGGUGCUCUCAUGUCCAUCCUACUACUUCUGGAACAGGAGAGGUGUAAAGGUACUUGGCUCUAUGAUGCCGCCAUUUUGAGGAGAAUGCUAUAUUGUUAGUCUAGCUUUUGCAUACCCAAUAAGAGGAAGGAGGUUGUAUGUUUGAUGGGACUGAUAUGAAACCCAUGGUUACAUCCUGAUGCCAAGUGCUUAACAUUCAGCAGUUGUUUGCACCCUUUCUCCUUCUGUAAAAUUCCUCCAAAGUGACUUCAAAUCACUUUAUGCAGUUUGUGUCUUUUCAGUCUUUUCAGGGUAAAAGGUAUUGUAAACCCCACAAACCCCAUGAAAAGUUUGCUGCUAAAGGAAUAUAUGAAACAAUGAGCCGCUGCAAAAAUUGCAAGAAAUGGUGAUAGCUCCAUCCUUCAAAAAAGUGUUGUUGUUUUUACCAGUGGAAGAGUGUGUUUACUUUGAGAUCCUCCUAUUUUGCCAUCCCUCGGCUUUCACCUUCUUUCCUCCCUUUAUACAUGGUCCUUGAUCCCUCUAAAAGACACAGGAAACUGCAUUUCUCAACCCCAAAAUUAGGUCUUUUGUCCAUAAUAAAGAUUGAUUACAUUUCCAUAGGCGUGAAACCAAUGUCAGGUUGGAACCAAGGGUUUUCCAGUAGUAUAAAAUUCAGCCUCUGUUUGCCCCCAAAAACAAUGACUGGUGACCAACGUUAUACACUUAUUCUUGAACAAUGAUUUACAUUGGAUACUCAUUUUCUCGUAUACAUGUCUUUUUGGGAAUCUUUUAAUGCUCUGGUCUAUUGUAGAUUCAUCUUAAACUUUCAAGUUGAGCAGUAGAAGUGAUCUCUGCUCCCAAAGGAUGCUGGAGAUGAUUGUGAAUUCAGAUGUGUUUGGAUAGAAAGAUGGCCCAGCCUGCAAAUUGGCAUGAAUGUUCCACCCUAUUGCCUUGUAUUACAGCUAUCGUUGUCCCCAGCUGUGCUCCACCAUACCUGAUGUUUGGAUUUCAUGAAGUUUGACCAUACCAAUUGCAACAAAGAUAGUACUCAUACCAUCUUCCAGACAUUACUGGUCUACAGCUCCCAGCAUUUUCCAGCAUUGGCUGUGUUGGUUAGAGAUGCU